AUGCUGGCCUGGCAGGGCGGCGGGGCCAAGGCGGCCCCUGCCCCUCAUAGGAUCUCCUUCUCGGUGCUGGACAUCCUGGACCCGCAGAAAUUCACCCGCGCCGCCCUCCAGGACGCGCGCCCCGCGCCCCGGGAAGCCAAGAAAAGUUCGGCAGAGGUGGAAUUGGGGCAGGACCUCAGCUCGGGGGACUUGGGGCAGCCACGGGAGGCCUCUGAUGCUGCGGAGCGAGGCGCGGGCGCGGGCAUCCCCCAGGAGGGUUCGGAGGCCGAAGAGGCGGACGAGGAGCUGGAGGAGCCGGUGGACGCGGGGCAACCGCCGCCGCGGCUGGACCGGGCCUCGCCCCUUCAGGGGGACUCGGCGCGGCCCCUGGAGGCCCGCGGCGGGGGCGGCGCGGGCUCCCCGGUCUCGCCCGGCUCCCCGCGUCCUCGGCGCCGGCGCCCCGAGCCCAGCUGCGCCAAGCCCCGGCGCGCGCGCACCGCCUUCACCUACGAGCAGCUGGUGGCCUUGGAGAACAAAUUCCGGGCCACGCGCUACCUGUCGGUGUGCGAGCGGCUGAACCUGGCGCUGUCGCUCAGCCUCACCGAGACGCAGGUCAAAAUCUGGUUCCAGAACCGCAGGACCAAGUGGAAGAAGCAGAACCCGGGCGCCGAGGGCGCAGCGCAGGCGGGGAGCGGCGCUGCCCAGCCCGGCACAUCUGGAGCCGGAGCGACCGGAGCGGCGGGGCCCAGCAACGGCGGCGGCGGCGCGGGGGGCAGCCCCGGCCCCCCGGGAGCCGGCUCGAUUCCUUUCCAGACUUUUCCCUCCUUCUCGGCCACCAACGUUUUCUUUCCGGCCGCCACCUCCUUCCCGCUGGCGGCGGCGGCCGGGGGUCCCUUUGCGCCCUUCCUCGGGCCUUCAUACCUCACUCCCUUUUACGCCCCACAUCUAUGA